CAAAGGCGAUAGAGUUCCUGGAAAGGAGCAAAACAAACAGUAGCCUACUGACAGUUGUAGCUUGCAAGCUAAGAGUAGGACAGCUAUAGUGGUGACAGACAAACAGACAGUUAUUGAUACCCUGCUACAGCUUGUUAUUGUUGGUCUAUAUCCGGCAUGGGCUAGUGGACACAUUUACUCUGUGUUAGGCUGUCACAGUUAUGCACUGAGAGGGGAAAGCUGCCAUGCUAACACAAGCACAGAGAUGGCUGAAGCUGUGAGACCAAAGAAAGCAAAGUCUAAAACAACUGGAAAAUCCCAGGAAAAGAAGCAGAAACACAUUGAAAGUGUAAGAAAAGCACCUGAUCAUGCUGGAUUAUGCGACAAGGCAUCAGCCCCUGAGUGCCCAGCACUGCCUAAUGGACUGGACUUCAUAGACAUCCCUCUCAGUCUGCCCUCUGAGGUCUCUUCUCCAGAGCCCCCGGACCUGUCACAGGCCUCCAGCACAGCACUGACCCAAGAGGAUCAUGUCACAGAUCAAGAAAUAGGAACUUCAAGCUCUAAAACAGCCGAAUCGCUCCCCGUCAGCGAAAACACAGAGAAAGAGCGAACCAAGCACAAAGAUGCAUCAGAGCCACAGGACAUCAAAGAGGACCAAUCGCUCGCACAAACAAAGCACAGACACAAUGAUUGGACAUUGCUGGAGUCAGCUGCCCAGAUCUCCAGUGUCCCAGCUUUGUAUCCCAUCCUCCCCUCUCCCUCUAUGGACGCACCACAGCUGUCAACUAUGCUGUCUGACAGCUCAGAGCUGGUGGUGGGCGCCUCCCUGCAGGCCGUCGCCAGCAUCCUGAGCGGCCCUCAGCUGAGGGACCCGGCCGUGCUUUCCCUGACUGAGCAGGAGGCCUCCGCCCCCAGCUUGGUCCCGGUGGACGUCGUCGAGGUGCAGAAGCCCCCGCGGCAAAGGCUGUAUCCGGAGCUACCCAGGUCACUGUGCAGUGCCACGGUCCAGGCCUUCACCAGCAAGCAGCUGCGGCUGUGGGAGCCGGGCUCCUGGCUCGAGAAUGUGGAGGUCCACGUGGCCGAGUUCGGGGGCCUGGCACACCAGGAGGGCCACGAGCUGCAUGAAAUGCUGCUCAACUACUGGCGCUGUCGCAAGCAGCUGACGCAGGCACAGACGGAGCUGCAGGCAGCCAACUCUGACUGCAAGAGCACGCAGAACCGACUGUGGAGCUUCAAGGAUGAGCAGCUCACCCUGCAGGGUGUGUGUGCUGACCAGGCCAAGGUGUGCGGUUACCACCGCUUCCAGAAGGUGGAUCUUAGCGAGGCAGUGGUGGCCGAGCUCAGGCACCAGUUCGAGGCCAAGGCGGAGCUGCUACACCAGACCGUGGCCCUGCACUCCUAUACCACCAUCCUGUCUCGCCUGCAGGUGGAGUCCUACCUGUACCUGCUGCUCAGCAGCAACCCCAUCACCAGGAACGUGGCUGUGCAGGAAACAAGCUCAGCCUGUCCCAGUGGAACAUCACAGCCAUCCUCCCUGAGACCCCUGAAGGAGAGCAUCAGUGUGCUGUUCAGUUUCACUCGCAGGGUGCUUGACGACUCACAAUUUCAGACAGACAUACACCUUUGGCUACAAAAACUGGUGUCGGUCCUGCACAGGGUGGGCGCAGAUGGGGAGCAUCUUUAUCUCCUCAACCACCUGCUCUGCUGUGCCUCUGGAGUUGGGAAGUGGGCAGUGCCCUUUCUACAGAUUAAAGUGCUGGAAAAUCCCUCUGGAGUGUAUCACUUCAUGCAGGCUCUGGCCAUACUGAUGUCUCCGGUCAGGAACCGCGCAGACUUCCUUUGUCACAUGAAGCCGUGUGAGACCAAGUCCCCCCAUGCCAGCCUCUCUGGCCCGGCCUCUGGGAACUGGACCCUGGUGGAUGAGGGUGGAGAGGAGGAUGAAGACCCAGACACAAGCUGGCUGUUGCUGUCUGAGGAUGACCUCAUAGCCCUUUUCUCUCAGUUUCCCUUUGAUGAGCUCUUCAGACAUUUGCUGGGCAUGUCAUCGGAAGGCAACUACCAGCCCCAGGCCACAACCAGUCAGAAAAUGAUGAAGAUAUUCGCCUUUGCCUCCUCUCUGGUUGAGCUUCUGGCUGUGGGCCUGCAGACCUACAACAGGGCUCGCUACCGGCAGUUUGUGAAGCGCAUCGGCCACAUGAUCAGGAUGACUCUGUGCUAUGUGAGCGAUCACUGGGCCCAGUACAUCAGCCUGACGGGAGUGGGCCGGACCACCAUGCAGGAGCAGUCCUUCUCCAUGGAGAAACUGCAGGUGGAGUUCGACCACCUGUUCCUGCGGGCCGUGCUGCACGUCCUCAAGGCCAAGAGGUUGGGGAUCUGGCUCUUCAUGUCGGAGAUGCCCUAUGGCACGCUGUCCAGCGCCAUGCUGUGGAAGAUCUUCUACAUCAUGCACUGUGCCGAAACAGAGGGGCUGGAUAGGCUCAGCUCCAGCCUGGGCGUGGAGCACUGCAUCCAGGGCCUCAGAGAGCCCAGUCACCAGGAGAAGUUUGAGCGCUGGCUCUCGGGGAUAAACAGCUCAGAUGGGAUCUGCCUGCUCACCACGUUUGCACACAUGGCUCAGCCCAAGCGCACAGACGCCGACCCCGAGUUUGUCAGGACCAUUGUGCUGGAGAUAUAUGAGGUGGCCUAUGUCACUGUUGCUACUCGAGAAACCUUCUCUAAGGUCGGGAGAGAGCUGCUGGCUGCCAUAGCGGCUGCCCAUCCUCAUGUCAUCUCAGUGCUGCUGGAACGUCUGGAAGAGACUAUUGAUAAAGUGGGCAUGGUGUCCUUGUACCUGUUUAAGGAGCUCCCGCUGCACCUGUGGAACCCUGUGGACAGUGAGGUGGGGGUGAUCCGUGCCUGGCUGCUGGACUUCGGCCUCCCCGCCGUGGAGAACAAGCUGGCCUGCAUCAUCCUGGAGGGACUCAACUGGGGCUACCACCCUAGUGGUUGUCUGGCCUUGCCGGAUGCCCUGCACUUAGAGGUGGCUCUGCUAGCAGUGGAAGCCUAUCAGAAAUACCUCACAGAUAAACCAUACGGGGGCAUCAUCUCAGAAGGCAUCAAACAGGUUUCCUAUCUGGCGAAUGUGGUUAGGCUGGGUCAGACCCCUGAGGCUUCCUUCAACCAGUGGGCCUGGGAUCUGGUGCUGCGACUGAAGCUCCAUGACCAUGAGCGCAAUCCCCAGAACGCCUGGAAACCUCUGCCCUCCAGUGCCCCACUGGUGCCGGAUGUCACGGACAUUCCCAUAAUGCACCCUGUGCUCAAGGCAGUCAAAGCGUACAUUCCCAUUGGCUGCUUUCUGGCCAAUCAGAUGACCACUACUGGCCACAGUUUGGAGAAGUUCUGCAGCCAGGGUAUUGCUUUGCUGAAGAUCCUGGUCCAGUCCCACCACCUCAAAGCCGUGGUGCACGUUCUGGACAACAUCCUACCUCUGGUCUACCCCUGCCAGUUCUACUUGCUCAAGAAUGAACAAUUCCUGAGCUGCCUCCAGAUGUUUCUACAGCUGGAUAGCGGGACCCCCCAGGGCGUGACCCAGCAGGUCACCCACAAGGUGGCCCAGCACCUCAUCGGAACUUCCCACGGCGAGAACAUCAAGCUCCUCAACAGUGUCAUUCAGGUCCAUAUCCUGGAGAGUUCUAGAGCUGGCCGUGUGGGAGCGGCUGCGGUUCUGGAGUUCUGGGUGCAGGUUCUAACGGAGCAGAACGUCUGGUACCGGGACAAGACCGUGCUCUACCUUCUGGAUCACCUGAGCCGGGCAGCUUUCCUGCAUCAGCAUGAGGAGUGCCUUCAGAAAAUUCUCUAUCAACAGCAUAAGAAUGCCUUAGGUUACCAUGGAGACAAAGGCCUUCUGUCAUCACUGAUGGGCUGGAUAGUGGCUGGAAAUGUGACCCCUUCCUUUAUUGAAGGCAACGCCAUGACUGAAGAGGUGUGGUUUGCUUGGCUGGUGUUGAACAUGGAGACCAUCUUCGAAGAGGACUCCCAGCUGCGGCGCUGUGUGGAACAUGAGCUCCUGUCAAGCCCUGCCAUACACCCAGACCAAGCCCUCAAGAAAGCUCAGGUGCGUCUGAAGAUUCACGUGGUGCCCUCCCUGCAGAGGAUGAUGGUCUACCGCUGGGCCCAGCAGGCCCUGGCCACGCCCGCCGACCACCCGCUCCUGCCGCUGGUCUGGCAGAGGUUCCUGCAGCUCUACCUGCGCCAACCUGGCCCAGAGUUUGGGCUGGAGGCAAAGGGCUGCAUUGGGAAGCGGUACUUUCACACCUCGGCCCACGUGUCCUUGCUGAAGGACCUGGCACAGCGGCUGGUGGAGGUGUCCGACUUCCACCACGCCGCCAGCAAGGCCCUGAAGGUGCCGCGCUCCCCCAGCGAGGGCCUGGGAGACGGGGAGUCCCUGCCCGGAACCCCAAUCACUCAGUGCAUGACCUCCCCUGAACUGCACAUCGAGCUCGUCAGGCUCUUUGGUGUCUUUGCCAUGUGGCUGGAUGAUGAAAACCUACAGAAUCGGGAAGUGUACCUGCCCUCUCUGCCAAAGCAGUAUGAUGCUCACAAGCUGGCCAAAAUCAUGCAGAGACAGCAGGAGGUGUGGAUGGAGUAUGUGAACAUUGAGCGUGUGCAGCACGAGCUGAACGAGGUGCUGAGUCUGUGGCAGAAGGUGAAGGAUGAGCCGUCCUUCCUGCACGCCACCAGCAACUCCAUUUUCACCGACUUCAUCAACCCACAGGCCGCGAGGGAGCGCAUCCUAACCAACCUGAGAAAGCACAACGCCACGCAGGCGGCCCUGGCAGUAGUGCCCAUGAGAGCGCCGGUGCCAGACGUUCCUACCACGUGUCUGUCUGACGAGGCCGCCUCCUCCGCACUCCUCCACGAGGCUCUCACCAAGCUCCAGCACCAGGCUAGACUUGCAGCGCUGCGAGAGACCCAGCAGGUGGCGCUGGACAGCGAGCUGCUGGAGCUGCUGCCUCAGCUCUACUGCAACCGCGAGGAGCAGCACAGCAUGCAGCUGGAGUGCAAAGGCAAAGGGGGCAAUCCCUGCCAGGGCCCCGCCCAUGUCAGCGCCAAGUAUGAGGGCAUGCACCUGCAGGAGCCGAUACAGACGCAGAUCCAGUCCCUGAAGAGCGACAUCAAGCAGCUGCAGGCGGACGCCAUCAAGCCCCCACCCCAGAGCGUGGCCGAGGCCGCCGUGCACACGGAGAACUUCAUCACUGCCCUGGUCAACGCUCUCAAGCUGCACCCAUCUCCGGCCGUGCAGAGGGUGGGCAUCGCCGCCUUCUACCAGGUGGUGUCGUUCGUGUGUGAGGACACCCUACGCCAUCCACCCACGCGUCAGUUCUUCUCCUACAGUGUGGAGAUCCUCGGCCAGAUGUUUAUCCAGGGCACUCAGACAGAGUGCAGGCGCAUCCUGAAGACCAUCCUGCAGAACCCCCGGCUCUGCAACCUCCUCUCGCCGUUCUUCACCCCCAACGCCUCCCCUGCGGAGCUGGUGCUCCUGUACGAGGAGGUGGUCAACGCCCUGCACGCCGACAGCGGGGACGUCAUCUUCAUGCUCCUCACCAAGUUUGACCUGAGCCAGUGGUUGUCGGGGGCUCAGCCGGCCUUCCCAGAGCGCAGCCGCCUGCUGGAGCUCAUCCACCUGGCCCUGGGCGCCUGUGGCCUGGAGCCCGAGCCCGAGGUCCAAAUGCCCUUCAACCUCUUCUGCGCGCACUGGACCCGCCUGCUGCGCCACCAGUUCCCCGACCACUACAGCGACUUCCUCAGGCUGCUCAUGCAGAGUUCCUCUGAGCAGCUGCUGAGCCCGGAGUGCUGGAGAUCUUCCCUCAGGGCGCUCGGCUGCUCCCCGCACCCACCCAGGAAGAAGACCGCUAAAGCCUCCACCUCCAGCUCCACCUCCUCCCCAUCCACAGCUGGCUCUGGGCCCGCGUCCAUCUACCUCUCCCCACAACAGGUGGACGAAACGAUCGAGUGGCUGUCAAACUACUUCCUGAAGCUCCGUCUCUCUAAGGGGGACUUCCGCAGCUUUGGGCUGCUCUCCAAGUGGGCACCCUACAUCGAGGAGGUGAAGGCCUUCCUGGGGUACCUGGUCAACUACAUCAUCAAUCAGGAAGUGAACAACUGUGCCAAGGAACCACUGGGGAGUGCAAGACUACUCAACAUUCUCCAGGAUCUGCAGUCUAAAAUGGCCAAACUCUUUAAGCCGUGGAUUCUGGUUUUAGACACCGAUGAUGCCAGUAAUCCCCGCUGCUACCCCUGGCUUGAGUCAGACACUGUGAUUGCAACUGGCCUGGUGGCCCUGUAUGCCCAGCUGACCGACACCUUGCAUGAGAAAUUCAAAGAUCGUUUGAUGCCGGGACAGAGGGGUGCUCUCUGGCUUCACCUCAUGCACUACUGCAAGAGCUGCACCUCCCCUAAGAUGCCAGAGUACCUGCUGUACGCCUACCACAGCGAGUACGGCCACCUGCUAUGGAGAGACCUGCUCCCAGACCAGGCCCUCAUGAGCCAGUUCUUUAAUGUGGAGCGGGGCAGCCCCAAGAGCUGCUUCCUGUUUAUGGGGGGCCUGCUGUGCGAGGUGAACUGGGUGAGCGUGCUCAGCGAAGCCCUUGGCCCCCAGCCCAGUCCUGAGGCCAAGACCAUGGUGGUCUAUCUCCUCUACAUGAUGGUGUUCCUGGCCAAGGAGGACCACUUGCUUAGCAAGCCUGAGUCGCCCCUGCUAAAUCUACUGGGACAGUCCAGCAGUCUGCCCUGGGACUUGGUGGAUCACUCCUCCUACGAGAACGUCACUGGCUACGUCAACACCCACUACCCCUCUUCCCUCAUCCUCAGCCAUGACGCAUCCUCCCAGCAAGUCGUCAAACUCCUCAAAAUGGCCGCCGGCUUCGGGCCCAGUCUGGAGGGCAAACAACACGGGGACAUGACGGCGAAGUGCCAAGCCUUCCUUCGCCUGAUGGUGCGGUUCCUGACCGCCCUGGACCAGAAUGGGAACAUCAGUCUGGCUUCCCUGGAGGUGGAGAUGGAGAAACUGCUGGAGUGCAUUGUUGUGUUCAACCCACCUGAGACGGACCCGCAACAGAGGCACAUGGCCACAUGCAGCCUGUUCGCCGAGCUCCUGACUCUUCUCAACGGCGCCAGUGUCUCCACGGCCGAGGGGCUGGGCGCCAAGCUGCACAGCUGGGUGGAGAAGAGGGCCCGCGGGCCGCUGGUGCUGCCCCUGCUCACCGCCGCCUGCCACUGCCUGGCCUCCGUCCGCCACAUGGCCCGCGCCACGGAGGCCUGCAUCCACUCAUACUUUGCCGACGGAGGUUGCCCUGAUCAGUACUCUGGCUGGGGUCCCAUUUUGGUGUCGUUGCAAGUGCCCGAGCUGACCGUGGAGGACUUCCUCCAGGAGAGCCUUUCCCUGGGGAGCUUCCUCACUCUCUACGUCUACGUCCUGCAGAGGCUCAACCUGGAGCAGACCGUGAUGAACGAGAAGAAGACUCUGGCGCUCCUGAACAACUGGCUCAACCAGGUCUUCCCCAGCGGCCCGGCGGACGAGGCCAAGCUCUUCCUGUGGUGGCACAAAGCCCUCCAGCUGAUCCAGGUGCAGGUGGAGCAGGGUGACGGGUGUGCGCUGGACUACCUGAUCCUCACCCUGCAGGGCUUCCAGGCCCGACUGGCCCUGCUAGGGGAGGAGAGGCUCAACUCGGGCAUCCUGGGAGCCAUCGGCCUAGGCAGGAAGUCCCCACUGUCCAGCAGGUUCCGAGUCGUGGCUCGCAGCAUGUCUGCCUUCCUCCUGGUCCAGGUGCCUUCAGAGAACCAGCUGCGCAUCCAGCCCAGCCCCAGCCUGCCGCUCUCUCCCAAAGCCCAGCAGGCCCUUGCUGUGCUGGAGUCCAUGUCUGCCAACAAGCAGUAUGCCGAGCUGCAGGAGGCCGUGGACCAGGCCUGCCAGUUCAUCAAGUACCCCGGGCACUGUCUGCGGGACAUCAACCGGCUCCUGGCUGUCCUCAUCAACUCCCUGUACAAGGACAUGAACUACCUGGACAUCAUUCGUUAGCACGCACGCACGCACGCACACACACACACACAUAUGAGCACGCAAACACAUACUCACAUAAAUACCACACACACACACACACACACACAGACUCUCACCGCCUUCUGGCUAGGUGGUUACACCAUUGACUGUGUGGCAGAAACUGAGAAUCAUGAGUGGGACAUAACUGGAUGGUGUAUAGUUCAGAAGAACUCAUCCAUUCCGUUGACAGAACCACGAGAAUAGGCCUUUUUUCACACCAUUAUGUUCUGCCGUUUUAGAAGAAAUCAGUCAGGCACUAAAGCUUGUGGCUGGGGUGCUCUGAUUCCUAUCCUUUCGUUAUGCACAGUAGAAUCAUCCCCUCACAGCUGUGCGUAGGCACGGAGCAGAGAUGGUCUUGUUGGCUCCUUCCCUCCCUGUCCCAAUGCAUAUAUUUGCAACCUUAUGGCCUUCAUGCUUGAAGAGUGUAGUAGGUUUGAUCAAGUUCUCGUGUGCUGGGUCAGUUUAGUUGGCUUAUUUUUCUUUGCCUUUCUCUCCCACUGUCUGCCUUCAUUUAGAAACAUUUUAAUGGGAAAUAAAACAGAAAUUGUGAAAUCAUAUGGACAAAAUUAAGGUUUGGACAGUUGCCAGUAAGGUCUGAUUGUUUGUUUGACCAUCAGGUAUUUGCACUGAAACACGCUUGCUGAUCUAUGCUGUUGAAAUUCUUUUUGCCAAACUGCCAUCAGCACUUUCUACUGUUUGCUAUUAGUAUAGUCAUACAAUUUUUAAACCCCCUUCAAUCUAGUGUAACCUGGGACUGUUAGAUGUGCCACAGGGGAAUAUCUUGGACAUGCUAAAUUCCACAAAAUCUUGAGGGCGGGGUGUUCAUAAUCAUAACAGGCUCCACCCAUCCUAAUUUGGGUCACUGGAGCAUGGCCUUGGUUGCAUAGCUACAGCAUGUUGACACAUCAUAGCAAUACUGCGUUCUGCCAGUGGUGCCCAGGCUCUUCUGAAGAGCCCGUUUAGGUCCUGAUAUGUAGACUGUUCUCUCUCUCUCUCGAUCUCUCUCUUGAUCUCUCUAUCUCUCUCUCUCUCUCUCUGUCACAUAUCGUACUCAGUUACCAGGCACUUGAGUAUGCUCAGAACUAUGAGGCAGCCAGGUUGUAAACUGUUUGCAUGCUUCGCGGGUGCUGUCAGAAUCAAUUUAUUUUCUCUUCCUUCAGCCUAUUUCGAGACGACUGAAUCAUCUUGAGUCAUGCCGUUUUUUGUCGUUGUUGUUUUGAAAUCGCAGACGCGCAGCAGAGCAGUGUGUCAUUUGAAAUGAUCAAUACCCUGUGCGUGCGCAACUUUGCCAAGUUGGGAUGUGCGGAUGUGAGUCCAGUUCAUCUGCUUAUAUUUAUAUCGUUUAUAAAUGUUCAAUAAUAUUGUUCAAUGUGAAUGAUGGUCCGUGUACAUCAUCAAAUGUGCUUGUGCACACACACACACUUCUACUGAAGUCCUACAGACAUGCUCACAAACGCUGUUGCACUUUUCUAGUCCCACAAGUUUGUCAAUCAGUUGCUUUUAAAUCAAAUUCCUUGUUUUAUUACAUUUUAUCCAUGUAAUAUAUGCAUUUGAGCCUAGGAUGUCAUAUACAUAAAUACAUGUGUAUGAUGGAAGCAUUGCGAUGUGAUAUCUCACAGUGUUUUACCAGCCUUAAGUUUUGUGUGCAGCCUCUUCUGGGUUCAUGUUGUCAGAUUGUUUGCACCAUGAGUUUCUUUUGUUCUAAAUACAUUAACCAAAAGUGUGAA